AGAGAGAGAGAGAGAGAGAGAGACUCGGAGGAGGAGUCUGUCAGUGUGAGGAGUUGCACAACAGCACGGACCAAUGUGACUCGUGGAAAUUGUUCAAAGCUAUCGAAUACUAUCAGCAGGACUUUAUUGACUCCUCUUCAGCAACAACAGAGACACUUUCUUCCUGACAUUGUGAUCACUGGCACAGCAGUCCCUGCAGCAUACGUGGGUCUGCUCUGGUGCCAGGACUGCUCAACCUGGAACUGAGGCCUGGAGCGGAAGUUUGUUUAUGGACUUCCAUAUCAUUCAUGCAUCAGAGUGUCAGUAGUGGGGAGGUGUGAUGCCGCCAUGGAGGCACAGAACAACAACCAGCCCAACUUAGAAAACCACAACAAUCUCUACAAGAUACCUGGUCAAGAGGAUCAGAAAAACAUGCCAGCCUGCAAGUACUGCUGCACUCUGGCAAACUUCCGCAUUGAGAAGAAGAUUGGUCGGGGCCAAUUCAGUGAGGUUUAUAAAGCUACAUACCUGCUGGAGGGACAGCUGGUUGCACUCAAGAAAGUCCAGAUCUUUGAGAUGAUGGAUGCCAAGGCUCGUCAGGACUGCAUCAAAGAGAUAGAUCUGCUGAAGCAGCUGAAUCACCCCAAUGUAAUCAAAUACCUAGACUCCUUUAUUGAAGACAAUGAGCUCAACAUUGUUUUGGAGUUGGCGGAUGCUGGAGAUCUGUCCCAGAUGAUAAAGUACUUCAAGAAGAAGAGGCGACUCAUCCCAGAGAGGACUAUAUGGAAAUACUUUGUGCAGCUAUGCAGCGCUGUGGAGCACAUGCAUUCACGCAGAGUAAUGCACCGUGAUAUUAAACCAGCCAACGUGUUCAUAACAGCCACAGGGGAAGUAAAGCUGGGUGACCUGGGAUUAGGCCGCUUCUUCAGUUCUAAAACUACUGCAGCUCAUUCCUUAGUGGGGACACCUUACUACAUGUCACCGGAGAGGAUCCAUGAGAACGGAUACAAUUUUAAGUCAGAUAUCUGGUCCCUGGGAUGCCUUCUGUAUGAGAUGGCAGCGCUGCAGAGUCCAUUUUAUGGAGACAAGAUGAACCUCCUCUCCCUCUGCCAGAAGAUUGAGCAGUGUGAUUACCCUCCCCUCCCACCUGACCAUUACUCUGAGAAGCUGCGUGACCUGGUCAGCAUGUGUAUCAACCCGGACCCAGACCAGCGGCCGGACAUUGUCUUUGUGCUGCAGAUCGCCAAACAGAUGCACAUGUGGACCUCCAGCACCUGAGCACCACUUCAGCUCCAAGCCUCCCCUCUGCUCAGUCUGAGGACCUCAAACCACUAGACGUAAGCUCCGCCUGGUCUUGCAGAAAAGUGUUUGCCUUAAACUCAUCUCGACAGGAACCAUGGGAAGACUUGCACCAGUGGACUGUGAUGUUUUGGCAUCCAAACACCCACUUAUUUUCUGUCUCAGAGGAUGUGAAGAGAUGUAUUAGUGGUGUAGCACUAGUGGAAAGUUUAUGAAACCACACUUGUUCACUUGAGAGGUGACCGCAUUUAUGCCCUAUUCUUUAGCUAAGGAUAGAGAGCUGUGUCUCACUAUGAUCACACAUUUCUCUAAGCUUUUUUUGUAUAACUCCACAGGGGUUGCAUUCCAAGUUCAUGCCCUGUGUUUCAGGUGAAGUAUGCAUUCAAGCUGGGCAAUUAGAAUAUUAUUCAUCUAUCAUCUAUCAUUGUAAUCAUAUAUAAUCAAGUUGCUUUUCAUCAUCAAUUUGAGCACAUAAUUUAAGGGUCUAAAGGGACAGUUAGUAAAUACUUAGUAGCAGUGACUAAGUCACUCCUCUCUGAGAAUGAAUUCUGAAAGAAAGCUUUGCCUAACUGCUUGCAGUCAGUCCAGUGUGAUGGAGAUGACAGCUCAACAUGUGAUACAUACUGUAUAUUUAUUUCCAGCAGAAGGUUUUCUGUAUGGAAGCCAGAAUGACUGUGGUGGUUUAACUUUUCUAUGCCUCAGUAUCUCCUUAUAUACAGGAUGUAGAGCUCAAGGCCUAUUUUCUCUAAAUAAUGUAUUAAUUUGACAAUUUGAUAAUCUUGACCCAUGGUCUACUUAUUAGACUUAUUAGAUAUACUUUUUAUUUUUUGUCAGUUUUCAGCUGAAACUUGUCUCAUUGUAGUCAAAGAAAACAUUUUAGUCUAAUUAUAGCUGAUGAAAACAUCUGACUUUUUUGGGUUUUUUUGUCAUUAGAAAAUUAGAUGACAGAAAUCUUUAAGUCAAGUUUUAGUCAAAACCAAGGAUAAGCAUUUCCGUCAAACUAAAAACUGAUUUUAGGCUGAAAGAAAAUUAAAGAAAAGCCACAAAAAACAAGUUAUAUGAUUGCAGCUUUGCAGAGGGGGUAUCUGGUCUGAUAUUGUACAAUUAAACAGUACAUUCAGACACAAUCCAACUCUUGCAAUACUAAUAAUAAGUCACUCACUGGUAUGAUCUUCAAUCAAUCAAUAAGAAUUCUAAACAGCCCUGCAAUAAAUCCUACUUUUUGAAAUCCUAGUUUUUGAAAUUGGUUGUACACUACCUUUUUAAACUUAUUUGUUAGUAAAAUAUUUGGAACCUCUUUGCACACAAGCUAAUACUAGAUUGAUAGCUACUGAUUUUAUUCAAGGUCUUCCACAUGCUGUACCUUUUAAUAACCAGUAGAUGUCACAAAUUGACUACAUUUAGCAGGUAUUCAAAAUCAACCAGUGCCUGACUAUCAAAUGUGUUUGUAAUAAAUGUGCUGCUGCUUGACCUAUAAUGUACAACAGAUCAGGGUAUCUCAGCCUCUGCUGCUUCAUUUAUUACCAAUUAGUUUUUAAUCUAUCUGUAAAGUCCCCCAACUUUAUAUAAGUGCAAUAAUAAAUUGCUGAAGUAACCCUUUUAAAAAGUGAUCACAGUGUUACUUCCAUUUAACAAGACAAUUAAGCUGUGAUCUUCAUAUAAUAGGCCUAAAAAAUAAUUAUCCACCACAGCUGCUCUUUACUUCCAGUUGUUUGCAUAUUUGAAGAGGACUGGACUUUUCUUUUUCUCACUGCCCUGGUAUUGUUUCCUCCACUUUGUGAGUCUGCAUGUAGGUGUGUCAUCUUAGUGUCUGUGGACAGAUUUGGUCCACAACAAUAGCAUCACAGUUGUGCAAGAUACAGUCACGUAACUUUACAGGUGUGUAGUUGACAUCAAAAUGAAGGCCAAGUAGGAUGGAUGUUUCUGACCCAUAAGUACUGAGCACUCAUGGGUUGGAAUGUCAACAUGUUGAUGGACUCCACGGCUGGCAGGAUCCCACCACAACAUGGUCCUUAGUUGUCCUUGUUCCUGGAUUUCAUUUCUCAUAAACUGUGCCAACUCACUUAAUUCUGAGUUUGUGAUGAUUUUUAUGCAUUUUAUUUACAGUGUCGAUAGUUGAAUUAAGAAGGAAAAUAAACCAUCUUUUGUUUUAUGUAAAGGACAGCCUUGUAAUAGAAAGAUUUAGAAUGGAAAUCAUCAUUAGAUUACCCGUGUGCCACAGUGUCCCUUAUUGAAUUGUUCAUUACAAAUCUAAAGACACACAAAAAGAGAUGUACUAAAGUAACAGCUUGUGCCUUGGUGAUAGGUGUGGUUCCAGAAAUGUUGAAGAUUGUAGUUUUAUGUCAUGUACAAUAGCAGAAUGUGGUUUAUGAUCUUGUUCCAAGUGUUUAUACUGUAUGUGCAAAUUCAGACCAACAUUACUGUGAAAAUGUUAACACCAUAGAAAUGAGAUGCUGUGAAAGUCAUUUUGAUAGAUAGUACUAAACCAGAAUAUGUUUAAAGAUGUCCUUAUGUAUGGAACAUGUUUAAUGUGCCUUACCGCACAGAAUAACUCUGAAUUUGUUUUCAUAUAUCUGUUAACAACAACUUCACUUAAACAUAGUUACAUACACAGGAAGAGGGGAGGAGUUUUCAUUAUCAUCUCCAUCUUCCAUCUAUUGUACUUAUUGAAUUGUGACUUUUCAAGUAUUGUGCCAUUAUGUUUUUAUCAGCUGUGCUUUUCUGUGCAACUUGACAUUAAAACUAGCUCUGUGUGGAAAGUGCUUUUUCUAAAAUUAAAGAUGAAAAAACAGUGGAAGCUCUUAUUACGAUAAAUGACUCUCCCCUUGUUAAUUAAAUUAUGAAGCAACAUACUGCUAA